AUGUUGGGAGCGCGGCCCCGCAGCCCCAGCUCCGACCCCUGCAGCUGGGCACAGCAGCCACAAGGACCCAGCCCUGCCAAGCGCCGCCGCCAUGAGCCCCCAGCGUCUCCUGACCUGGAAGCGCCCACCGGGGCCGCCAGCGAAGCGCUCACCUCCGUCGUGGUCCUGGCCGCUGGCUGUGCCAUGCAACUUCAGCUGGAUGGUGUCGACCUGCUGCUGGAGCCCGAGCCCACCUCGGUAAUGCAAGUGUCGCUCCCGGGACACACCUUCAUCCUGGUCCCCGAGGGCCUCCAGCCUUCCGCCCAUCUCGGACAGCCAGGGUUUUCGUCCACCAGCCCACAGGAAGCUGCUCUCCUGCACGUGCCCCAGGACCACCUCGUCAUCCCCCAGCAAGGACCCAUCUGUGAGUACAUCCUAGACAAUUCCUAUCUAGACGACGCCUGUGAUGAGGAUGAGGACUCUGGCUUCCUGUCACCCUGGACAGAUGCUCCAGCUGAUCAGGACUCUGAACUCCUUUCCUCCAUCAUCAGGAUACCCAGCCCUUGGCCUCAGAACUUCAUCCUGGAACCACAGCUUCAGGUGCCCUCCCCUAAUGCAGAGCCAUGUUCUCCAAGGUUUAUCUGGGACUUGGACAGCUACCUGCUGGGACCUUUCCCCACCUCACCACUGCAGCCUCUGCCUCCAUCUCCUCCUCCAAGUCCCCAAGAGCAGGGCCCUCCCCGCUCUCCACGGGCCCCGUGCAAGGCCAGGAGGCGACUGCUCUAUGAAUGAACUACCCCGCACAAAUCCUGAUGCCCCUCAAGUGAGAAGUUUCUCUGCCCCUAGAUGCAAUGCACUUAGUCACCUGUUUUAGGAGUAAGAGUGCCACUCUUGCCA